AUGAACAAAUCGAAGACCUGGAGCAACCGCCUCUCCUUUCUGAUGCCCUCGCUCAUUACCAACGAUCUAGAUUCUCAGUCGGGCUCCCUGCGCAGGAAGCCGAUAGUUGGCUCCACGAAGUCCGACCCCCCGACAAGUCCAAGCGUCACGAGCCCUGAUCCGCCUCCGUACAGAUUGCACGACCCCCAAAGCCCCGAACGAACGGGCCAGUUCACGAGUAACCACUCGCUACCGCUGAGACACAUCACUGAGGCACAAUCCAAUGGGUCACAAACGUCUUCGAUAUCCUCGAGACCAGGUUCCGAUUCUCUGCAGAGUCUUGGGCUGCCGCCCCUGACCGAAACGCCGAUGUCGUCUGCUUGGAUAACGACAGAAAUGCCCGCGCACCCCGAACAUGCACCACCGGCACCACCUUCUCCCAGGAUUGCCGCGGUCAUGCAGCAGGACUCAGCUUUGAAGACUGGCACUCAGCGGAGUUCCACGUCAACGACAGGUAGUGCUUCGAAGGAAGGCUCGCCGAGGCAGAAGCUGCACAAAGAGCUGCCGGAAAACCGAUCCCGUCGAAAUUCACUCAAAUCCAGUUCAAACCAUGCGAGUUUGCAGUCUGCUAUCCAUAGCCAGCCAGUGGCCUCCGACCAGCGAGCUCUGCGCAGCGUCUCAGCCCAGAUCCCGGCGCCGGCACCUGAUCCCAGCGACCCCAGGCCUUCUCGAGUCCCAUCUCUACCGGUUGUGCCCAGCGUCACAGCCACGCCUCCUACCGAGAACGCAAAGAGCCAAAGCCCAUCCCGCGGACGUCUUCGCCGCAGUUGGUUGCCGGGUGGAGGCAGGUCGAGAUCUAAUUCGGUGGAUGUGCAUGGGAAGGGUCCAAACACGCCGCAGGCAUGGGUCUUGACUGACGGGACACACGCCGAGUACAACCCUUUGCUCUUGCGAAAUGGCGAAAAGGUACCCGAGCUGUGGAAUGAGAGUGGCAAUAUCCUUGUGUACCUGUAUCCGCAGGCUAGCGGGUGCGGGCCGUCGUUCAAGGUGAUGGAGUUUACCGUGAGCUCGUCAUACGUCUUCAACGAGCUGAUGCAGACCGAUCGUGACAGCCUCUUUGGGACUAGAAGUCGUGCGAGAAGCUUCAGCGGUCGGAAUAGCUUGACGGCGGAAGAUGCUGGGCGCAUUCGAUCGCCUCCUAGCUCCCCUUCCGUCUCUGACUCUAAUACUGGAGACAUGAGGUUGUAUUUGCCGACUGCGCCCCCGUCAGCAGAUUCUGGGCAGUUGGCAGCGCCCGGGGAGGGGUCAAGUGAGGAACUGGACCGACUGAUCGCCAUUCGGAAUCUAUUUGCGUUCCUCACAGGGCAGCCUCUUGUGGCCACCAAGGCACGUCCUACUGUAUUCAAGGUCUUUCUCCAGAUCGCGACCCUGCUGGAAGAAUUCGGCUUUACGAGUCCGGAUGGCGCGACCUUUGGAACCGCUGUGGACCUAAGCUUUGAGUUCUACAUCGAUCAGCUCGGCCUAGCGGAUUGCCGCCACAGUCGUGAGAAGACGAUUGAGGCUCUCAUUCUCGGCGAACGCAUGCGGAACAUGGACCUAUACAGCGAGGCGUUUGCCCACGCAGCAGGCAAGUAUGCGGCCAUUAUGGAUCUAAAGCUGCCCCUGUACCAGGAGGUGAACCCUCAUACACGGCAGCAGCUUGAGCGAGCUCAUUUCGAUCUUCUUAAUCGUCAACACGGAGUGAACCAACAUAUCGAGCAGUUUGAGUUUCCCUCGCUGUUCGCCGGAUUGGCUAACUCGACAUCCAUUCCGGAGUUGCGCCACGUUCGCUUCAAGGUGUGGAGGAACUCGUUCAACAAGCUGCGGUCAUUCGUGCUCAGCCACUACAAGUCCACGUUUGGCAACUGGCCACCAAAAGCCAGCAGCAGCAAAAAUCCCUUUGCGGAAAGCGGGUUGAAUAGGCUGGUGCUAAAGAUGCUCUACUCGGACAUGUGUGCUUUGUACGACUUGCUUGUGGAUCGCGACCACCUGACAUCCAGAAUCAUGGACGAGGUGCCGGCCAUCUCAAAGGAGCCGGGCAAGAUGACGACUUCGGCUCUGCGCAACAUCAUGUCCGAGUUCGAUCGAUCCAAACCACCUGUUCUGCCACCUGUCCCGUUCGACCUCCCGCAAUUGCCUUCCAUGAGCUCUGUUCUCGAGACCUAUCCGACCCUGUCUGCCAAGGACCAGAUCAAGUUCGAUAAGGGCAUCAAAGAGCACGAGCUCAUCUUGAUCUUGAACAAAGCGUACAACUACGAUGCGAACACCGUUAAGCUGCCGUUUUUGGAAAAGUUUAAGGAGUUUGAGCUGCGCGAGGCCAAGGGCAAAAUGGCUCCCGACCUGUACGACCAACGCAUGGGCUAUUGGUUGUUUCUCUACGUGGUGAUCCAGUCAUUACCCAUGCUAGUCGUGGACGCUCCCGGCCUCAAGUUCACGGAAGGGUCUGAGUACUUUCUCUGCCAGCCACCCAUGGGUAACCCUCCGUGGAUUGAGGAUCGUCAGGUCAAGAAGAUGUGGUACGAAGUAGCUGGAGGUGGAGGUUUGGUGCAGUUAUCUACUGAUGCUGUACUGUUCAGCGUGGAAGCCACUUAUCACCGCAGUCACUGUUGGCUCGCUGCGAAGAAGUGGCAGGGGCUCGCCGAUCCAGAGCUAUCCAUGGAGGACCCGGGCUUGCCUGUGCUGGAGCCACCUCCGCCUAUGCCGCAGGAUGACGUGAUGGGCAGCGGUCCUCCCUCUGUCGUAGGCGGCACCUCGACGCCACCGGGCAGCGUCGCCUCGCCGCCUGUCACCCUGCUCCCACGCAAUCUAUCCCCAGGAGGCCCUGGAGGGGGCCGGACGAGUCGGGCCAGCCGGGCCAGCCAGGCCUACAGGUCCAGUGUGGCUCUUGGUCUCGAGCCUGUACCGAUGGAGCCGCCCAGUCUGUUCGGCGGCGGAAACCACGCACGCAGCUCUUCCUAUGGCCCCCGUCCCAUGAGCUCCAUGCUGGGGAGCAGGACGCGCUCGCAUGGGAACUUGGUCGGCGCUUUCCAGUCGUCACAACUCGGGUCGCCCACGUCUGAUCCGCAGGACGAUCCUAAUACCGGGGCCACGUUUGAUGACAUUCUGGGUCAGCCGGAGAAGAAGUCCACUAAGAAGAAGUUCUUCUUUUGA